CAGAUAUGAGCUCAAACAAAACCUGUCCUGUGGCGCCAUCUCCUGGAUCAAGAGAGAACGAGUCGGUCUUCAACGACAACCAUCAUGGCGGCCACCACACGGCUCAUAUCAAGGUUGACUGUUGUCACGGGAGGGGGCAGCGGGAUUGGCCGAGCCGUAUGCCAGCGAUUUGCUUCCGAGGGUGCCAUAGUGGUGGUCGCUGACAUCAGCGAGGAGUCAGCCAAUCAGACCCUGGACAGCCUGAACCAUGACCACAAAGGGCAGGAUCACAUGGCGUCUGCUGUGGAUGUUUCAUCAAGGGAGAGUGUAGAGAAACUACUCACAAGCAUACAGUGUCGGUACUUCCAGCCUCCCUCGGUAUGUGUGAAUGCUGCAGGGAUCACUCGGGAUGAGUUCCUCCUGAAAAUGGAGGACGAGGACUUUGACAAGGUUAUCCAAGUCAACCUAAAGGGUACAUUCCUCCUGACUCAGGCUGUUGGCAAGGCUCUGGUUGCCUGUGGAGCUCCUAAAGGCUCCAUUAUUACCGUGGGCAGCAUUGUGGGCAAGGUGGGCAAUAUUGGACAGGCAAACUACUCUGCUUCCAAAGCAGGUGUGGAGGGCCUGACCAGAACUGCAGCCAAGGAGCUGAGCAGAUAUGGGAUCCGGUGUAACUGUGUGCUUCCAGGGUUUAUAACCACACCCAUGACUGAUAAAGUACCAGAGAAAGUAAUCAGUCAGCUUACGUCCAUGGUGCCACUGGGGAGGAUGGGAGAGCCUGCAGAGGUAGCUGAUGUAUGUGCCUUUCUGGCUUCGGAUGACUCUCGCUACAUCACUGGAACCAGUAUUGAAGUAACAGGAGGCCUUUUCAUUGGCUGAGACAACAGUCCAUCAUCCUCAUUAAGACCAAUGAGGCAAGUUCCCAUCUCGGUCCAGGAAUGGAGUAUCGCUUCAACGUUCACAUUGUGCCUUCGCUUGUAAUAAUGCAACUGAUUGUUUUGUAAAUCUAGUCAAUAUGUACAAGGUAAAUGUGCAAUAAAUGAAAACCAAUGUUUGUAA